UCUUUGGAAAUCGACAAGACAAUUGACAUGAAAAGGAAAGAGAUAUCAUCAAUUUGUGCCAAGGCCAGGAACGAGUACUCUAAAACGCAGAUAAAACGCGACUUCAAGGCAGGACUGCGGGAGAUGAAAAGAAAGGCAGGGUUGACAAAUGCUGAGGAGGACGAUGAAAUGGAGGAUGAGGAUCAGGAUUACAACAGUGACGAUGAUGACGAGGAGAUGGGUCAAACUGCAGAAAAUCUGAAGGUGUUCUGUGUCAGUUCCAUGGAAUACCAAAAGAUGAAGAACCUUCUAACCAACGAUGGACCACCCACUGUAUUUAAUACUACAGAGGAUACUCAGAUUCCAAUGCUGCGCCGCUACAUUCACGAGCUCACAUCAUCAAGACGACAACAGCAUGUAGAUAGGUUGAUCCGCACCCUAGGACAGUUUGUGUUUGAUGUACAGAGUUACAUCAUGGCUGAUGGCACAACGUGUAAAGGAACUCGGAGGGAUGCUAAAUCAGCAGUAGAAGAAAACUCCAAGGAGUUACAAGAAAAGUUUGAGCCAGUUUUAUCUCGUCUGGGUCAUGACAUCGGAGAGAUCUUCUGCAAAAGUAUAGAGACAAAGAUGGCAGAUGGAGUUGCUUCUGCAAUGUCUUUUGCCAAUGAUACUGUCUCCAAAUGGGGGUCUAAGCCCAACAGAGAGGAGAAAUCUGAAGGAGGACUCCAUUGGAAGGCGUACCAAUGUACUGUGAGACGCCAGGGGGUAUACAAGUCCCCGACUUACGGCGCCAUCGACUUUAAUGAACAGUUAUCAGAGCCAAUGUAUAGAUGUAUCAGUGUGUGCUGGGAUAAAGUUUUCAGUGGCCUACUGUGGAGAACCCUAGAGAACUGUAAGAGUCUACUGAUGAUGACCUUGACCCUAUUCGUGAGGGAGCUUGGUGGAAAGCUCCAGGCGUUGGAAGUACCCGGGAUCCAGAUUGAGAGGGUCAGCACCCAGCUCUGCCAUAGUGCUAAGGACAAG